CUGAUUGGUCAGUGCGGGAAGAGGCUCGGCGGUAAUUGGUGGAUGAGGAGCGAGGGCGCGGUGGAGCGCGCGGCCUCUGAGGGGAUGGGGACCCGCGCGAGCGUGGGGGAGGCGGCGCGAGAGCGGAAAGGAGCGAUGCCGGGCCCAGGUGAGGAGGCGCCCGGCGCCGGGGGGGAGCUGAGCCGCUCGCAGGUGUGCGGGAUGCUCCGGCAGGAGCUGAGCCGGGACGGAGCCUUCCUGCAAGGCCAUCCCCAUGUCCUCGUCAUCCUCGGCGCCUCCGGCGACCUGGCCAGGAAGAAGAUCUACCCCACGAUCUGGUGGCUGUUCCGGGACGGGCUCCUCCCCGAUGCCACGCGCGUUGUUGGCUUCGCCCGCUCACCCCUCAGCGUGGAGCUCAUCCGGGAGCAGACCCUUCCUUACCUCAAGGUGACCCCUGAGGAUGGGCCCCGCCUGGCCACGUUCCUGUCCCUGCAGAGCUUCGUGCGGGGUCAGUAUGGGGAUGAGGCCUCGUUCCGGGCGCUGGAUGCUCACCUGCGGGGGCUGCCUGGGGGUGACCGCGCCCACCGGCUCUUCUACCUGGCCCUGCCGCCCAGCGUGUACACACCUGUGACACAGCACUUGAGGGCUCUGUGCAUGGGACAGGGGUGGAACCGUGUGAUCGUGGAGAAGCCGUUCGGGCGGGACCUGGGCUCAUCGGAGGAGCUGUCAGCGCACCUGAGCGCACUGUUCCGCGAAGAGCAAAUCUACCGCAUGGACCACUACCUGGGCAAGGAGAUGGUGCAAAGCCUCAUGGUGCUGCGGUUUGGCAACCGCAUCUUCGGGCCCAUCUGGAACCGCGACAACGUUGCCUGCGUGGUACUCACUUUCAAGGAGCCCUUUGGCACUGAGGGCCGUGGCGGCUACUUUGACGACUUUGGCAUCAUCCGGGACGUGAUGCAGAACCACCUUCUGCAGCUGCUCUGCCUCGUGGCCAUGGAGAAGCCAGCGUCCACCAACCCCGACGACGUCCGCGAUGAGAAGGUGAAGGUGCUCAAAUGUAUCAGCCCAGUGGAGCUGCAGGACGUGGUGCUGGGCCAGUACGUGGGCAACCCCGAGGGCCCCCCCGAGGCACAGAAGGGGUACCUGGACGACCCCACGGUGCCCCCCGGCUCCACCACACCCACCUUUGCCACUGCUGUGCUGCGUGUGGCCAAUGAGCGCUGGGACGGUGUCCCGUUUGUGCUGCGCUGUGGGAAGGCGCUGAACGAGCGCAAGGCUGAGGUGCGGCUGCAGUUCCGGGAGGUGCCUGGGGACAUCUUCGCGCGGCAGUGCAAGCGCAACGAGCUGGUGGUGCGGGUGCAGCCGCGUGAGGCUGUCUACGCCAAACUCAACACCAAGAAACCGGGCAUGUUCCUACGACCGGAGGAGUCUGAGCUCGACCUCACCUACGGCAGCCGCUACAAGGAUGUGAAGCUGCCGGAUGCCUACGAGCGGCUGCUGCUGGACGUCAUCUGCGGGAACCAAAUGCACUUUGUGCGCAGUGAUGAGCUGCGUGAGGCCUGGCGCAUCUUCACCCCCCUCCUGCACCAGAUUGAGCAGCGCCGCGAGCCCCCCAUCCCCUACCCCUAUGGCAGGCUGGGAAGAGUGGAGCUCUCCUGCCCCUGAGGUCACACACACUAAGCCACCGCAAAGCUUCCACGGAUUUGGGAAAAGCCUGGCUCCUAAGGGACGCGUCACUGCUGAGAGCUGCAAGGAAAGCGAUGCAGAGGAGCCCUGCGGAAGCCUGGACAGCAGAGGUACCUGGCAGCCUCCGAGUAUCUGUGUAGGCACCGAAAGCAAGUGGCUUGGCGCAGGUGAUUGCAGAAGUGAGAGGGGUUCUGAAUGAUGCUCCUUGGGGAGAGAAGAGAGAUGGACAAGGUUAGACUUGGAUUUCUUACUUCAUUAAAGCUCCUAAGAAUCGAGCAGUGACUGAGGCAGAUGCCGUAUGCAUUUCUGCUCUACAACUCAGCGCUACAUCUCAAAUGCCAGGUGAACUGUCUCUCUGCCUCCAUCUCCCUCUCUCUCCAGCUGUGAUCAGUGAAGAAAAUAUUACUGAAAAUAUUACUAAAAAUGUUACUUAAAGGUUCAUUUCAUUGUGGUUUUAUCCUCAAUGAAAUUUCAUUAGGGGUUUGUGUAUUGCUCUAGAAAAAAUGUUCCACGGGUAAUAUUCUCACUUGCCUUGAGCACGUAGGUAACAUAACCCAAAGUGCUACAGCACAAGUUCUUGAUAACCCCCAGCUCCCCAAACAAGAGCAGCAGGUGUCUGGUUCAUCUCCCUGGAAGCACUGUGCAUCUGGAACGUAUCAGAAGGUGAGCCUGAGAUAUUUUGAAAUACUCUCUGUACAAGGCAUAGGUGCAACGUGGGUGAAUCUUGGGCUGCGUUUCAGACCCUUCAACAGAUGCAAUUAGUCCCGUCCAAACACCAGUGCCACAUGUAAGGUGUGUUUUCUUGAUUCGUCUUUUCUCACUAUUAGACUGGCUUUUCCUGCACAGCAUUUAUUCCUAGUCUUUGUUUCCUUUUGGAUUUCAGGCUUAGCAGCGAAUCCGAUCCAUAUUUCCUCUUACC